AGGAGGCGGAUAUUAAGAUCUCUUUCUUCUAUAAAAAAGUUUCAUCUUCUUCCCCGCAAUUCAUUCUCUGCCAUUUCUUAACAAACCCCCUUCCAGGAAAAAUCUACAAUACAACGGGUAGUAUAUGCUAUCCAUUUCUUUGUCUUCAGAUAUCCAUUGACGUUGUUUAUCAAAGAUCAGCCAGUUUCCUUCAACCCCUCUUUCACAUUUUCAUCUGUUUCAAUUUCUUCUGGAUUGAGCAACCAUGGAGCAAAACUUCUUCGAGUCAAGUACAAACUCUGAAUCUCAUGGAGAUUUUUCUCCCAAGCAGAAAAGGUGUUCUAUCACAGCUCCAAGAAGAGAUCCAGAAAAGGACGGUAGCAGCUUUGAGUGCAACAUUUGCUUAGAUUCUGCUGAAGACCCUGUAGUCACCGUCUGUGGUCACCUGUACUGCUGGCCAUGCAUUUACCAGUGGCUUCAUGUCCAGUCCUCUCUCAGUGAAGAUCAACAAGAGCAGAAAUGUCCUGUCUGCAAGACUGACAUCUCUCCUAGUCUGUUGGUUCCCCUUUAUGGCCGUGGCACAUCUUCAGAAUUUGAAUCCAAGAAGCCCCACUUGGGUCUGCACAUACCCCCUAGACCACAACCUUCUGGGUUGAUUACUUCUAUUUCACAUCCAAGCCCGCAACUUCAUGAAAAUUUUUAUCACUCUCAUUCCCAGUCAUUUCUUCACCAACAAUACUUCCCUCACACAUAUGGAGGUUAUGCAGCCAUGGCAUCAUCUAAUCUUGGUAGCACUCCAAUGACAAACUUAUUCAAUCCAACAAUUGCAAUGUUUGGGGAAAUGGUUUAUGCUGGGUUCUUUGGGAGCUCAGGGACAAGUUUGUCUGCUCAACCUCACCAAAAUUCCUACCCUUUUUUGGGAAAUAACAAUCUUAGGAUGAGAAGGCAUGAGAUGCAACUUGACAAGUCUCUUAGUAGAGUAUGCAUCUUUCUUUUCUGUUGCAUCAUCCUCUGCCUUCUCCUGUUUUGAUUAGAGAGGGUCAAGUCUUGAACAUGCUGUAUAUAUGUAGAGAAUUCCACAAGAAAAUCUGGGAACUUUCCUGUACAUAGUAUUUGUCUGUCCAUACGAGUGGAUGCCAAUAAAACCUUGACCAGUUGAUUUGUGGUGAGACUGAACUGAUGUACCUUGUUUGGUCAAGUAUUAAAGGAUAUUAUUAUUAUUAUUAUUAUUAUUAUAUGAAAUUAGGGUCUGUCUGUUGAAUCUGUUCUC